GCAAAUGUCAUAUAUACGUCAAUUUCAUAUUGUCCAAUGUGAAUUUUUUUUCGACCAUAGAACGGUGAAUAAUUUCGAUUCGUCUUUUUCUCUUUGGAAAUUAAUUAAAAAAUUAUAAAAAUAUGUUGAAUUUAUCCAGAGCCGUUGUACGCAGUUUCACCACCUCCGGUGCUCAACGCACUGUAGCCAAAGCUGAAGUCGAAAAGGGUUAUUUCGAAAUCAGAAAAGUUCAAGAACACUUCCAAAAGAAGGAUGGCAAACCCGUUUUCUUGAAGGGUUCAGUAUUCGAUCAAGUCUUGUACCGUCUUACCGUUGCCCUCAGUUUAGUUGGCAUUGGUGGUAUGGGCAAAUUGUUCUUCGACUUGUCUGUACCCAAAACCGAUUAGAUGUCUGAAAUCCGGCAUUAAUUGUGUUAAGCUUAUUUAAGUAAUAAACCAAACAGUUUUAGCAGCCUUAUUUCCUGUAUUUCUGUGUUUUUACACCUUUAAUUUAGAACCCUUACAAUUUGGGAGUAUCUUAAAAUAAAUAUGUGUAUUAAUGUUGCAUUGCAUGUUAGUACUUUUACAUUCUUAAAAAUAGCAUUUAAACAUGGAAAUAUAUGAAAUUUUUAGCUAAGAA